GACCUUGAUAAACUCAUUCUUAUGUGAUUACUUGUUUUAAUUCUAUAUAUUUAUAUGAUGAGAGGGGCCUUUGACUAUGAAGCUUGAGGUGUACAAUGGAACUCUACCUUCUUUAGUCUCUACUACAUACUCAUGGACUAAGACUUCUAGCAUUAUAUACUUGGAUCAGCCUGUUGGAAUUGGCUUCUCCUUCUCGACUCAACAUGUUGAUACACCGAGUGAUUCAGGAGAGGCCAGACGGAUCCAUGAAUUUCUUCAGAAGUGGCUAGUUAAGCAUGAAGAGUUUAUUCCCAACCCUUUCUAUGUAGGCGGGCAUUCUUACACCGGUAAGAUUGUUCCUCCGCUCGUUCAAGAAAUCUCUAAAGGCAACUAUCAACGGCACAAACCUACAAUAAAUCUUCAGGGGUAUCUGCUCGGUAACCCGGUAACAGAAUUCGAAAUUGAUUGGAACAGCCGCAUUCCUUUUGCUCAUGAAAUGGCACUGAUCUCUGAUGAGCUCUACGAGUCGUUGAAGAGAAUUUGCAAAGGGAAAUAUGUAAAUGUUGAUUCAGGUAACAUAGAAUGUUUGAAACUCCUUGAAGAAUAUAACAAGUUUACAAAGACAGUAAACCCGUUUCUUAUAUCAGAACCAUCGUGUGAAACUGAAACUCCAGAUUGCUAUAUUUAUAGGCAUUUGCUAGCUACCUACUGGGCCAACGACGAAAGCGUACGUAAAGCUCUUCAAAUCAAUAAGGAGAGUAUAGGGAGAUGGGUACGAUGUAAUUUCGAUAUUCCAUACACUCACGACAUUAUAAAUAGUGUACCUUACCAUGUGGAUAACAGCAUCAAUGGCUAUCGUUCUCUCAUCUUCAGUGGUGAUCACGAUUUGGGAGUGCCUUAUCUUGGGACUCAAGCUUGGAUAAGAUCUCUCAACUAUUCGGUUAUUGAUGACUGGAGGCCAUGGAUGAUCACCCAUAAACUUGCUGGGUAUACAAGAACUUAUGCAAAUAAAAUGACAUUUGCUACUAUCAAAGGAGGUGGGCACACGGCAGAGUUUAAACCAGAGGAAAGCUCUGUCAUGUUUCAAAGGUGGAUCAGUGGCCAACCUCUGUAGACAACUUCCACAUAAUUAAAUCAUUCGAUGAUUAAAAAUUAGCAUAUGAUUUGGUAAUAUCUACAUGUAUUCCUUUAAAGAAUUUCUCUCACAAAUCAAGUCUUGUUAACCAUGGAGGUUAGUUUUGUAAGACGAAGGCAUGCCACUAAACAUAUUGAAAUAAGAAAUAUUAUAAGAUGUAUAUUUACUUCUUUUUUU